CACGAGACGACGGAAGAACAGAGCUGCCAGAGCCCCGGUUUAUGUAAAGAGAAAAACCAUAGUAGGAAGCAGAAAUGGAAUAUUCCAGCUGUGAAUAUUCUACUGGAGACCUGUGUGUUGCACAGCCUGGGAAGAAGACGGGCUGUACUGAACACCCUGGGAAGGACAUGGACUGUGCUGAACGCCCUGGAACGGAGAUGAGCUGUCCUGAACACCCUGGGAAGAAGAGUGACAGCAGGCAGACCCAGACAACAGCCAUGGACCCGCAGCAGGAAACGUGUGAUGUGAACUUUCCUGGACCUGUCAACAAGUCAACCUCACAGGUACAGGCGAGCAAAGGUGAUAUGGGAAGGCACGUUGUUAAACACACCGGAGAAAAACCCUACAUGUGUGGGGGCUGUGGGUACAGGGCAGCUCGCAAGUCUUCUUUAUCCCAACAUUUGAGAACCCAUACAGGUGAAAAACCAUACAAGUGUGACCAGUGUAACUUUUCUGCAGCCCAGAAAGGCACCUUAAAUGAACAUAAAGCAAAACACACCGGUGAAAAACCCUACAUGUGUGAGGAGUGUGGGUACUGGACAGGUCAUAAGUCCCACUUAACCCACCACAUGAGAUCUCACACCGGUGAGAAACCUUACAUGUGUGGGGAGUGUGGGUACUGGACAGCUCAAAAGUCUCACUUAUCCCAACAUAUGAGAACUCAUACAGGGGAAAAACCCUACAAGUGUGACCAGUGUGACUAUUCUGCAGCACUGAAAGCCAAUUUGAAGAAACAUCUAGCAAAGGUGAAAAACCCUACAUUUGUGAGGAGUGUGGGUACAGGACAUUUGACAGCUCUGCCCUAUUCCGACAUGAUGAGGAAACAUACCGGAGAAAAACCCUACAAGUGUGACCAGUGUGAUUAUUCCGCUGCACACAAACUUUCUUUGGAUGUACAUUUAAUGAAACACACGGGUGAGAAACCCUACAUGUGUGGGAAGUGUGGAUUCAGAACAUCUCGCUGGUAUAACUUAAACCGACAUUUGAAAACGCAUAUAAAAUACUGGAACCAAAGUGACUGUUCUGGAACUCAAAUGUCUGAUUUGGACCCGUAGUUAGUUCGAGUGAGAAAUCCAGUAAACCACAGUAGUUAGACCCGAUUAUAAUUUCAUUAGGUUGGUAAAGCAAGAGAUAUUGGGAUUUUCUUAUGCACUUCUUGCCAUUAUAUGUAGGUGGCGCCUUUGAACGAGAACACAAUCCUAAACUUAGCCAUGUUUUGGACUAUC